AUGGGUGUCCAGAAGAAGGUUCGGAAGUAUGCUCAGAUGAAAAGAGCAAUCAGUCUACGUGACAGUCGGCUGAAAGAAAACCAAGAAAAGAGCAAGCAGAAGACAGAGGAAAAGAAAGAUGAUAUCGUCAGAGAAGCUCCCCAGGUUUCCUCCGCUCUCUUUUUCCAAUACAACACUGCUCUUACGCCCCCAUAUUCGGUACUGGUCGAUACCAACUUCCUAUCGCACACUAUUCAGCGCAAGCUCGAAGUGGUUCCUACAAUGAUGGAUUGCCUCUAUGCCAAGUGCAUUCCUGUCAUCACGGACUGCGUCCUUGCCGAGUUGGAGAAGCUAGGACCGAAAUAUCGACUAGCUUUGCGCAUCGCAAAAGAUCCCAAAUUCGAGAGAAUAAAGUGCGAUCAUAAGGGUACAUAUGCAGACGAUUGUUUAGUUGACCGGGUCAUAAAACACCGCGUCUAUAUUGUGGCGACAAAUGAUCGUGACCUGAAGAGGCGAAUCCGGUACCGUCCUCGCCUCUGCACCAGCAUAGUAGGAACUAAGACUAACAAUUUUUCUAACAGAAAAGUUCCGGGUGUCCCUAUUAUGAGCGUCGCACGUGGAAAAUACGUGAUUGAGCGUUUACCUGAUGCACCAGAAAAAUGA